AUGCGCAACAGCCGUGCGUCCGAUCGGCACCUGAUGUCUGACGCUGUGGGCAACAUCUUCACCGGAUGCAAGCACUUGGUCAGCCUCGACCUCACUUGGCCAGAUGAACGCGGCCCCCACGACCACAUCCCUGACGAACGCGCCCCAGUUCUUCCGCCUUCCAUCAGCUGCGAGCAAUUCACCUUUCUCCGCGUCAAGUCUGUGCAGUUUGCCGAGUUGCCAACCGAUUUCGGCAGCCUGUCACGGCUAAGAGACUCUCGAGAGCUGUCCCAUGAUUCGCCUGCCCGACGACUUCGGGGGACUUGCGAAGCCGAGGAAGCUGCAGCUGAGUUCGUAGAGAUUGCUGAGCUGCCGGACUCGCUGGGAGACCUUCCAAACCUCUCUGAGCUGUCCAUAGAGUCACGCUCAUGGCUAUCCGCACUGCCAGAAAACAUCCACCAGCUGUCCAAUCUCAAAGAACUGCGCAGGCGAGGCUUAAGCGCCCUACGUGCCCUUCCCGAUUCGCUCGUAAGGCUGCCUGCACUGCAGUGCUUGCACAUUAGGGAGUGCGACCGCUUGACACAGCUUCCCCCCUCGCUCUCCAUGUGCGUCACACUUCAGCUUCUCACCGUCAAAUCCUGCUACUUUAUGGAAUUGCUGCCGGAUGCAGUUGUUUUAAAGCCUUUGGAAGGGAAAAAAUACAAAAAAAAAAAAAAAAAAACGAAGGCGAGCUAG